AUGGCAGAUCGGUAUGUAGAUGCCGCCUCUUUCGAGGCGUACACGGAUAGUGACGGACAAGAGCUCAUACUGUCGCACCUUGUAAACACUUCAGUCGAUAAAGCUUACGAUGAAGGGAUACGCAUGGAAUGGUUCGGCCGCGGCUCAACGCUAAAGGAUGGCGAAGGUUGCGGACUUGUUGGCCACCGUCGCCUCGUGUCGCUUGGUGUUGAAGAGCAGAUCUUAUCGGCGGGACCGCCUGACGACUCGGACAGGAUUCCUAGUGUACGCUAUAGCAUUCAGAAGAGUGGUCCACUGCUGCUGAGUGAUCAUGUGGCUCUCGUGCAGUUUAUAGCCGACAGUACAGCGCCCUUUUCGCAGCCCAAGACACUCAUCCUAUGGAAGUCCAAGCUCACCCCGUCUACUCUUGGCAGUGUACUUCUCUGUGGUGGAUCUAUCGCUCGAAUGGUGCUAAGGAUGGUACUAUCAAGCUCAUUGCAAGAAAUUGCGACGUCUUUUCCACACAAAUAG